UUUCGUCCGUGAAUACCUAAUCAGUUCGAUCGAUAGGCGUAGGCGGUCGUAUCUAUUAUUACUCGCCUAGUAGGUAUUAGCCUCAUAAUAUAAAAUACUUUUAUAUUAUUAUAUUAACAACCAGUUGCCGCGGCAGACAUACGGAGAUAGAGACGUAAACCAUUUAAUUUCAACGAAAAUGGACAAAUGGGUAGGAAAAGUCGCCGUGGUCACGGGUGCGUCUUCAGGAAUCGGAGAGGCAACUUGCAGGCGACUGGUUGACAGCGGAAUGAUUGUCGUCGGCUUUGCCAGGAGAGAAGACAGACUCGAGGAGUUACGAAAAGAGUUGAUCGGAAAACCGGGUGAAUUUCAUUACUACAAAGUUGAUUUGUGUUCGGAACAAAACAUCCAAGAAGCUUUCUCAUGGGUAAAGAGCACGUUGAAAUCGGUCGACGUAUUAGUAAACAACGCUGGAGUUUUGAAAAGUAGUGAUGUCUUAGGAAACCCACAAGACUGGAAACUGAUGUUUGACACCAACGUGUUAGGACCUAGCAUUUGCAGUAAAGAAGCCGUGAAUAUCAUGAAGGAGUUGAAAAUCAACGGUCAUAUAGUAAAUAUAAAUAGUGACGGUGGCCAUUAUCCACCAACGUUAAUGUCCAACGUGUCUGUCUACUGUGCAACCAAGUUUAGUGGCGUUUCAAUAACUGAGAGCUUACGAGAACUUUUGGCCUUACACAACCUACCAAUCAGAGUCACUAGUAUCAGUCCGGGAUUAGUAAAUACCGAAAUGGUUGAAAAUCAUGCUUCCGGUGCACCAGUAUUGAAACCUUCAAAUAUAGCUGAUGCAAUUGUAUACGCUUUGGCCACACCACAAUACGUUAACAUUUCUGAAAUUAUUAUUCGGCCAACAAGCGAGACAAUGUUACCGUUUAUUAAGGACGCGUGUGAAGAAUUAAAUAUUAAAUUGUAGUUAUUCAAGACGCAUAUUCUCUAGUUGAUAUAUUUAAUGAAUGCGGUGUGUUUUAUGUAGUUGGUGUAUUUUUGAUUAUUUUUGAAUUGUAUUAAAUGAUUAAGUUUGUAGUCAUUUUUCACUACGUAUCUAGCUACCUAAUAUCUACGAUUAAGUAAUAACUAUUUUUAGAUACAUUCAAUUAAAUAAAAAAGCGGGUAAGUGGA